GACGAACUCAGAGACGUGAAGCGAUUUUUCCAAAUUAAAGGCGAACGAUUGGUAUUUGAAAGCUUGUAAAAGAAAAAUAGCCGGAAAAGAAGCAGCGUGCAAGAUGGCUUGUCCUCAUGCCUGAAACUGGAAAGAAAUCCUCUUCCCCCUUUUCUUUCUCUCGUGUCUCUUCGUUCUUCCAGUCUAUACCUGUUGCAGAGUGGGAGAGGGAGAGGGGGAGAGAGUGGUUGAGCGAAGGACGUUUGUAGUUAUUCAUGACGAGCGCCUCGGAGCUCUUCUACCACCGGAGAUCUCGCUCUUAUUGGCGGAAUUCGGCCGACCAGGGGUUUGCCGCGGCUACUGCCUCUACCGCCGCCCCUCCUCUUCCUUCUUCUCCUGCCCACCACCACCGACACCACCAUCAUCGCCAUCGCCACUCCCACCAUCGCGAUCUCGACGACUGCGAUCCUUACCGUCAUCCCCACCACGCCAGGCAGCUGUGCAACCGCCUUUCGCAGAUAGAACGCGAUUCUUCUCGGUAUGACGAACCAACUGUUCUGUCUCACACAAGCACCAGCAGUGGUAAUGGAACCUCUGGCAAUGCAGGUAACUGGUUGGGGAUAGACAGGAGCGAGCGACUUCCUGGGGCUGUACUACAAGCACGGGCAAGGCUUUUUGAGAGGUUGAGAGGGUCAUCUCUUACAGCAAGCAGGCAAAGUAAUCAUGCUCAAAACAUGUCCGGGGGUGGUUUCUACCCAAUGACCAUUGAUGAUUUGAGGUUUGUUGAUGCGGGAGACUGGGAAAUUGAAUCACCAAGGGAGUGGCUGGCGCCAACCAACAUAUAUUCAUCAAGUAGGAGCCAAACUGAGGCGUUGCCAUUUUCUAGUGAGUGCAAAGCAAAGCCUCCCGGCCUCAGUCGACAGGCUAUCAAUAGUCUGCACAGAGAGCUUUUUGCAGGGACUGAAGGUGUCUCCAUUGAAUGUUCGAUAUGCUUGGAGAGAUUUAUGGUGGGAGAGGGAUUGAUCCGCUUGCCAUGUUGGCACAAGUUUCAUCCCGUGUGCCUAGAUCCUUGGAUAACUACUUGUGGAGACUGCCCAUAUUGCCGUACAUGCAUAGAUGUGGGUUCUGGAUGAGGAGCUUCGUUCUACAGUAGGAAAUUUGCUUUUCUGAGUGACUGCAUUUAACAUUAUAGUUUUUUUUUGGCCCGCCGUUGUGCCAAAAUCUGUAUGUUAGUAAGCUUAGAACUGUAACAAACAAUUUUGUCAGCAUUACAGAGGCUUUACAUUGAUGGAAUGUAAGCCUUCAGUUAUGACUAGCACCAUUUCCAGAAAAAGGAAAUUGGUUGCUGUGUAGUGGAAAUUUCAAGAGACUGGAUAUGUAACAAUUUCACUCUGUUAACUUUCCAAUUCAGCAUAAUUAUUUACAUA